AUGCCAAACGAGGGCAAUGGCUCGGACGAAACAUGCUGCGGCAGGGCAAUUUUCUGUCACCCAGUAAUCCGCAACAUACCGGUAAACCAUGCAAUCUCAUCGUGCCUCGGUGAGGCAAUCACGUGGUCAAGCAUCCUAUGGCUAUUAACUUGCCUGUCAAUAUUGACAGUUGCCUUUGGGACAUUGUAUGUUCUCAUUGGACCACCUAUGGCACCAGGUGGAAGUAUAUUUGGACUAUUCUGGCUAAUAGUAUCCUCCUACGCUCUCGGCUGGAGUCUCGCGUACAUUCCAUAUCUCAAUAUACCACCUGUAUUUGGUAUGCUCCUAGCCGGUAUGAUUUUCCGUGGAACUGGAAUUUACGACAUACAUGAGGAAAUUGGAGCCCGUACAACUGGAAAAAUUCGGACUCUAUGUCUGACAUUUAUUAUGAUACGGGCUGGCUUGCAGCUUACGACAACAGCUAUACAGAAACAUCCCUAUUUUUUGCUUUGUCUAGCACUUAUUCCAUGCACAGUUGAAUUUCUUACUGUUGGAUUGGCGUGUAAAUUUAUUCUGGAUUAUCCCUGGGACUGGGCAUUUCUUACCGGAACAAUUGUCGCUUGUCUGUCACCAGUGGUGACGGUAAACUGUAUUCUAGCACUGGCAGACAAAGGGUACGGUGAGGACAGAGGUAUGGCGACACUCCUCUGCACAGCAGCAUCGAUCGACGAUGUUCACAUAGUUUCACUUUUUACCGUCUGUUACUCAUUCGUCUUUACAGACAAGGAUGUUCACGGUUUUUGGUCAUACGUACCGGGUGGUGUACGUGAUCUUCUGCUUGGUUUAACCGUGGGUCUGGUGCUUGGAUUAGUUUUUGCUUUUUUACCGCACAGAAAUACGAAGUAUGUGACGUGGUACAGAGCAGUGUCUCUGAUCCUGGGAUCUCUGAUGUGUACCAUAGGUGCUUCAAAACUCGCUGUUACUGGUGGUGGAUACUUAGCAACAGUAUCAAUGUCCUUCGUAGCAGCAAGGGGUUGGAAACUCCUGUCAGGUAUAACGUUCGACGUGACUCCACUACGUCGUGUAAGCCACUUCCUCUGGCACUUUAUGCAGCCAGUGUUGGUUGGCAUCAUUGGGGCGGAGAUUGACUUUACCCUGUGGUCACCCCAGAGAUUUGGCCUUCAUGUUCUAUGCAUAAUCAUUGGUCUAGCUGCUAGAAGUGCUUUCGCCAUUCUGACGACCUAUCGCACCGCCUUUACCAUGAAGGAACGAGUUUUUGUGGCAUUUGCUUGGUUACCGAAAGGCACACUUCAAGCAGCACUUGCGCCAAUGGCACUCGAAGAGGCUCGUCUUACAGACGAUGAAAAUGAAAUAUCCCUGGCCAUGGACGUCGUACGUAUAUCAGUUGUGGCCAUUGUCUUUCUGGCGCCACUGGGUGCUAUUAUUAUGAUGGUAUCAGGACCAUUGCUAUUAAAUCGCCUCGAAGAGGACGAAAUUAAUCGACACAGGGAAUUGAGCUUCCUCAGGUGGACGAGUUUGCAGCCCGUGAACAACAACAGACAGCGGAAUUCUUCCAUCAGGGCUCAAUCAUAA